GAAAUUGACAAGAAAAAAAAGAGGACCUUGCUUAUUGCUUUAAUUCCACAGGCACAAAAAGAAAAGAAACAAACAACUAUGGCGAGCGCAGUGUGACGGCUCUCCCCGAUGUAUGCCUCGCGGUCCGCCUUGUCUUGACAGCGCCUGCAUCUCGCCCACUGAUUCAUUUCCCUCGGCUGUUUCAGAGAUCGGCCACAGCCAUUGUACCAGCGGUGAUUGGUCUAAGGAAUGCAUCUUGCAGUUGAUUGAUUGGGAUCGAUUAUUCGCCUUAUCGGUGUUUUGCGACAAAGUUAUACAUUUCUUGCUUUUGCUUUACGGCGUGGCGCGACAUGAUGCCGCCCUCGACCUCGACCACGCUUUCGGCCAACUCGGCCCCCAAGCUCCCUUCCCCGGGUUUUAACAAUGCCGGCGCGCGUCCGUACAGGUCGCAUAAAGUCAGAGCCUGCGAUUUAUGUCGCAAGCGCAAGUCCCGAUGCACGGUCGAUAUUCCGGGACAAUCCUGUCUUUUAUGCAGGGUCCAGGGAGCGGACUGUCACUACCAGGAAGAGUCUGGUAGUGAGACUCCGAUGCCCACUGCUACAGAUCCUAUUGCGACUAGAGAAUGGCCCCCAGACCAGAGUCUGGACGGUAUGCCGCCGCCCCCAAAGCGCAAGCGCGCAUCGGAUGACAUCUCCCUUCCUAAUCCGGAUCGGCCAAGGGAAGAUACAUCCAGUCAUUUCCGUCGCGCUACGUCGGUUGGGGAUGGAGGAAGUCAGUUCCGGCGCUUGGGGGUGGAUGAUCCUCAAAAUGAAUCGGUUUUCAUUGUUGGACCGGUUGUCGCAGAUGAUGCGCAGGUCAUUGAGAAACAUAUGCCUCCGGAACGCACCAGCAAGUCCGUGGAACCGAAAAGUCAUCCGUACAACGUUUAUUCAAGUGAUCCGAGAAAACCUAUUCUUUAUACGACUGUUUCAAGAAGAAGACAGGGAAUGCGAGUUGGCAUUCCCCCGGGGGAGAACCAGAAAGAGAUCCUUGAACAAAUUCUCGGGCCGUUCAAGGAUGACCUGGUCAAACUAUUCCUAGAUAGGUUUAAUGUGGCCUUUCCUAUAUUCGAUGGAGAAAGCUUCUGGGCAGCAUACACGUCAGAUUGCCCGGGUGAACCGCCAGCAUCUCUAUUAUGCCAGGUCUACUCGAUGUCAUUGGUCUACUGGAAGCACACACAAAAACUUUACUCUCACCCUAAACCGGAUGUUCGAUACGCCGUUAACAUGACAGUAGCUGCUCUCCAUGAGGAAUUUUCUGCUCCUGGCCUGUCGACCGUCAGUGCUGCUCUCGUUGACCUCACUGGACGGCCGAUCUUCUCGAUGACAGGAAAUGCCAUCAGUUGCGGCCGCACUGUCUCUCUAGCUCAUUGUCUGGGCCUGAACCGUGAUCCUACAAAUUGGCGACUGUCUCAGACCGAAAAGAACAACCGCAUCCGUCUAUGGUGGGGUGUUGUAAUACACGAUCGCUGGGGAAGCUUUGGCCAUGGGGUUCCCCCGCAAAUCGCAAAGAACCAAUACGACGUUCCGCUUCCUACCAUCGAUGUCCUUCUUCCACAAGGUUCACGCACUACAGAACGCUUGCGAGCGGCACACUGCCACAUCGGACUGUGUCGAUUGACAGAGAUCCUAGGCGAAUUGCUACCCCUUGUAUAUGGCUUACAACACAGACAACCACGGGAGACUUCGAAAAAAGUCAGGCAAAUCCGAACUGAUCUGGAUGGAUGGGAAGAUUCCCUUCCUGACUUGCUGAAAUCACCCACGAGUACUGGCGAGGAACGGAUAGCGGGAACAAGCAGUUUGCAGCUAGCUUUCCUUUCCGUCAAAAUGCUCGUCAGUCGGGUGGAGUUGAAUGAGGUCAACAACACUGACGCGGAUAACCCCGAGGCGCGGCGCUAUUUCCAGACAGAAUGCCGGAAAUCAGCUGAAGAUAUUGUACGAUUCAUUUCUUCGUUGCAGAGGGAGAGCUUUAAAGAAUUCUGGCUACCCUACAGCGCAUUCCACCUAACCUCAACGGCAACCCUCCUCGUCCGCUGCGCCCUCGAAACAACCGACGCAGAAGUUGCCCGCUCCUGCCUCGCCAACGUCGAAACCUUCCGUACAAUCCUCCGCCGUGUUCGCGAAGAAGAAGACUGGGACGUAGCAGACAUGUGCCUUGACCACUGCGAGCGCAUCCUAAACCGACUCCCUGAGGCCUGGAGCAACGUCGAUCCAACGGCCAACGGCAGUGGACCCAAUGAUACCAGGCUUGUAAAUCCGGCUGCGAUCUCGCUGCCAGAGACGCAGACGAAUAAUGAUAUUGUGGAUGAUAUGAUGUCGAUUUCGGGGACGUUUGGGACGAUGGAUGGGUUUCCGUUUGAUAUGACGGGGAUCUGGGAUGUUUCUGUUUUUCAGGAUGUUAAUUUGCCAUGA